AAAGCUUCCUUCAAUUGGAGUCGGCAUGGAACAAGAUUCUUCCAACUCCACCACCAUACCCGUGCUCUUGGAACAACUUCCAAAUAACCCAAGCUUGGAGACGACCAAUUCUUCUUCCCAAGGGCCUAAACCCUUGUCUGUUCUACUGUUUCUACCACCACAACCCACAAUAGUUGCAAAGAACUGGGAUCACUUCUCCGUGUGGGAUCUCUACUCAACCGAUCACCUUGGAAAUGGAGUACAAGUUGUCCCAAUUCCAUUCCACUUUCCAGAUGCACAGAUGGUCAUGUUGCCAAUGGGAGAAUGGCCCCCAACUUUGGCUAAUGAGCUUGCCCUAGAGACUUUGGGUGUUCUUGAUUUAUUAAUUUGGACUAUGAAGAUCUUGAUCUGGAAUUGCCGAAGGGUAGCUAGCGAAAGUUUUAAGCGCCAUGUCAUGGAUUUGAAGGGUACUAACAAUCCUUGCAUGAUGUUAAUUACGAAAACUAAGGUCGCAAGAGAUAGAGCUAAGGCUAUUGCUUCUCACCUAUACCCUAAUUACCAUGUGGUGGAUGCAGAUGGCUUUGCUAGUGGUCUUUGGCUACUUUGGGAUGCUUCUCAAAUCUCAAUUGAUAUCAUUAUAAAUAGCGAUCAAGCAAUCCAUGCCAUUGUUAAGAUAUGCCGCAAUUUGAACUUUGGUCCAAGCUCUGGUAAGAACUUAGGACCUUAUCUCUCUACUUUAAAGGCCUUUGGCAUGAAUGAUUGUCAAAUGCUAGAUUUAGGGUUCAUUGAAGAGAGGUUUACUUGGGUUAACAUGCAACUAGAUGACCAUGUCAUACGUGAACGACUUGAUAGGGUUUGGUGUAAUGCAGAUUGGAAACUUUACUUUUCAGAGGCUUUUGUCUUUCAUUUACCUCGAGUCCAUUCUGAUCAUAAUCCAUUACUUCUUGAUCUUGAGCCCUUCAAACCUUCUUUCUGCAAGCAUCCUUUUCAGCUUGAAAAAUUUCGGAUGGAACAUCUAGAAUUUCAAACUUUGGUUCAGGAUUGUUGGGGAGUUGAGGAUCAUAAUACUAGUCAAUGCCUUGAGGCUAUGUUGAAGAAAGCCAAAUUAUGGAGUCAUGCCACCUCCGACAACCUUUUUAAGAGAAAGAAGCAGAUUCUUGCUCAUUUGGAGGGCAUUCAUAGGUUUUUAUCUAUGAAUAAUAGUUCUUUCCUUACCUCCUUGGAGAAGGAUCUUGCAAAUGAAUACUCUAAAAUUCUUAAACUAGAAGAAGAUCUUUGGUUCAUGAAGUCUAGAAUUAAUUGGAUCCUUGAUGGGGAUAGAAACUCUAGAUUUUUCCAUGUCACUACUUUGAAACAUAGAUCUCAUAACAAGAUCUUAGGUCUGAAAGACGCUGUGGGUGUUUGGACAUAUGAGCCACUUGAUUUGCAUCACCUUGCUAAUCUACCAAUUGAGGAUGAGAUUUGGAUGGCUGUUACCUCUUUUAAACCUUUUAAGGCCUCAAGGCCUGAUGGGUUCAUCUUUUUUUCUAUCAAAGAUUCUGGCAGGAUAUUAAAGCUUAAUUAUGUUCAGAGCUCCUCUAUCAUCAGGAACCUCAAGAAAGGUAAUGAGCCCUUUCUACAAGGUAUCAAAUGGAUUUCGGUGGAUGGUAACAGUAUUUCGUUUUGGAAAGAUUGUUGGCUCUUUGAUCCUCCUCUCAACUCUAUUUUAUUUAGACCUUUGUCAAGCAAUGAUGAGGACCUAUGGGUGGUGAAUGUGUUCUCCUUUGCUGCCUUUAACUCUUCUCUUAUAUCUGACCCCCUCUUCGACACUAUUCUAAAGACUAUUAAAGCCAACCCUAUUUCAAAAAUAGGGCUUGGUAAUGAUUCUUACUCAUGGAAAGGGUCUCGUGAUGGGUCCUUUUCCAUGAAAGUUGCUUAUCUUAUGGCUAAAGGUGUGAAUAUUAACCGAUACAGAAUGGAAAUGGAUCUAGAAGGUUCAUACCCUACCAAAAAUUCAAUCUUUCAUUUGGCGUUUAUGUCAUGAAUGCCUCAAAACUCUUGGUCUUCUCUCUGGAUUGGGCAUUGUGGAUUUUGAUGUGUGUCCCAUGUGUCUUGAGGCAAAGGAAACUUAUGGCCAUCUCUGUAGAGAAUUCUUUCUUUUUCUUAUAUUUGGCAUACUUUCUUUCCUCAAUGAACGAUUGGUUCUAAU